CACGCUUCGUUAUUUUUAUCGCUUUACUUCAUAACGUACAUACCUAGGUACCUAGUGGUAGCUUUUGUGGUGUUUGAACGGUUAGGUUGAGAUUAGCUGGUUGACGCAGUUGAGUUGAUAUAGUUGAGAUAGUUGAGAUACCUGGUCAAGAUGGUUAAUAUUACGGAGAAGAUUAAGGAGUGAGUUUUUUUUUAGUUUUUUAGUUUUUUAGUUUUUUUGUUUUUGUUUGUUUGUUUGUUGGGGGGAUGGGUGGAUGGAUAGAUGGAUAGAUGGAUGGAUGAUGGACGGAUGGGAGUUGCUUGGUGGGAAAUGGAUAGAAAGAUAAUAUGGAUGGAUGGAUGGAAUGCUAAUGCUAUACUUCUAAAGGAUCGAGGAUGAGAUGAGGAAGACGCAGAGUAAGUUUUGCGAACCCUGGAGAUUUUGCUGGUUGUUAUGUUAUGUUAUUAAGGCGAUUAUGAACAUAUGCAUGAGAGGAGAAUUAUACGAAUACUCACUAAUUUAUUGUUGAUAGAAAAUAAGGCGACGGGUAUGUAAGAUCUUGCAAUUUUGAAAAAUUGUCAAACACGUGAUCGAGCAUAACUGAAACUGAAACUGAUUUUUGAUAUAUCUCAGAAUAUCAUCUUGGGCUUCUUAAAGGGUUUGUUUGUUCUAUUUUCUUUUCAAAAUACUACUUCUAUUCGGGGAUGAGAUUUCCCCGGUGAUUCGCUCUACUUACUUACCAUCUCCAUCAGAAAACUCGCUCGUUACCGCGCUCAACUUCUCGAGCCGGGUCCUGGUGCUGGAGGUGCAGGUGGUACGGGAUUCGACGUUUCGAAAUCAGGAGAUGCACGAAUUGCCCUAGUGGGGUUUCCUUCGGUGGGAAAAUCUACUUUCUUGUCCAAGAUUACAAAGACGAAAUCUGUGGUUGCAGCGUAUUCGUUUACGACGCUUACGGCUAUUCCUGGUGUGUUGGAGUAUGGAGGGGCGGAGAUUCAGAUUUUGGAUUUGCCGGGUAUUAUUGAGGGAGCGGCUGAAGGGAAGGGUAGAGGAAGACAGGUUAUUAGUGCGGCGAAGACGAGCGAUUUGAUUUUGAUGGUGUUGGAUGCUACGAAGAAGGCGGAGCAGAGGGCGUUGUUGGAGGCGGAAUUGGAGGCUGUGGGGAUUAGAUUGAAUAGGGAACCACCGUAUGUCUAUGUUCCGUCUUUUCACCCAAAUCAGAGACUGCCUUCAUGUUGGAAGUUAAUCACAAGCUAACAUCACAGAAAUAUCUACCUCAAGCCCAAAGCCGCAGGCGGCAUGAAAAUCACCUUCCAAACACCGCCCAAAUACAUCGAUCAAAAAAUGAUCUACAACAUCCUCCGGGACUACAAAAUCCUCAACUGCGAAGUCCUCAUCCGAGACGAAUACUGCACCGUCGACGACUUCAUCGACGUAAUCAUGAAAGACCACCGCAAAUACAUAAAAUGUCUCUAUGUAUACAACAAAAUCGACAGCGUGUCACUCGAUUUCCUAGACAAACUCGCCCGUGAACCCCACACGGUCGUCAUGUCCUGCGAAAUGGACCUCGGCAUCCGCGACGUAGUCGAUCGCUGCUGGGAAGAACUAAAACUCAUUCGUAUCUAUACGAAGAGGAAGGGAAUUGAUCCGGAUUUCUCAGAGGCACUCAUUGUGAGGAGUGGGUCCCGUGUUGAGGAUGUCUGUGAUCAGAUUCAUAGGACGCUGAAGGAUACGUUUAAAUAUGCGUUGGUUUGGGGCGCGAGUGCGAGACAUGUGCCUCAGAGGGUUGGGUUGGGUCAUUUGGUUGCGGAUGAGGAUGUUAUUAGUAUUGUUAGUGCCUUUAAGGCUUAGAUUUUGUCGUUUUUGGGAGGGAAUGGAUUUGUUGAUUUAUUGAUUUAUGAUAAGUUAUCAGAUAUGAGAUAUAAGAUGUGAUAUAAUUUUUUUAUCAUGAAUUAUAUUGAUGCAGAU